GGUAUCGACAACAUGUCGGUCACAUUACAUACAGAUGUUGGUGAUAUUAAAAUUGAAUUAUUUUGUGACCUCGUUCCGAGAGCAUGUGAGAAUUUUCUGGCUCUAGCAGCCAGUCACUACUAUGAUAACUGCAUUUUCCACAGAAAUAUUGCUGGAUUUAUGGUGCAAACUGGUGAUCCUAUGGGCACUGGUAAAGGUGGACAAAGUAUCUGGGGAAAAAAAUUUGAAGAUGAAAUUGUGGAUUCAUUGAAGCACAAUGUGAGAGGAGUAGUUUCCAUGGCAAACAGUGGCCCAGACACCAAUGCCUCGCAGUUUUUCAUCACGUACGCAAAACAGCCUCAUCUAGAUAUGAAAUACACCAUAUUUGGAAAAGUCAUUGAUGGAUUUGAAACAUUAGACGAUCUGGAGAAGCUUCCAGUAAGCGAGAAGAACUAUAAACCUUUGAAUGAUGUUCGGAUGCGUAAUAUAACAAUCCAUGCAAAUCCAAUUGCUGAUCAGGCCGAUAACUAAUGAAGACCAACACAUGAGGGCGCUGUCCUUACUGGCUGAACAUUUACCAACAUUCAUACUAGUUAAGCUUACAAGUGUUUAAUACAAUGUCGACUACAAGGUUUAUUUUUUUGUCUCGAAUAUCAGUUUUAACAAAAUCAGACUGAAUUGAAUAGACCUUAUGCAUAACUCGAAACUGCCUAGUCAGGCUGGACAAAAAAUUAUUUUCACAUCUGUUUUAUUUUGGAAUAUUCAACUUGAGAUUUUUCUUUCAUACAUACAUAUUAUUAUUUAUUCACUUGAUUUCCCUCUCUCGAAUUAUCAGUGAAAUUCGCAAAAUUAAACCAUGUAAAAACACAAAAAUACUUUAUUGUUGUACAAUCGUAUUAGUGAAUUUAAAACUUUGUCAGAAUAAUAAAUUUAAA